AUGAAGUCUCGCCGGCCCAGCUGCACCGACUCCGGAUCAGAGUCCUCAGAACCAGAUCCCCAGAGUCCGGAGAAGUAUGAGACCACCACCAGGCGACGGUCGGCUGCCAACGCCAGAGAGAGAAAGAGGAUGGAGGGUUUGAACACGGCUUUUGAUCGCCUACGUAAAGUGGUUCCCCAGUGGGGCGAGGAUAAAAAACUAUCCAAGUAUGAAACCUUGCAGAUGGCCCUCAGCUACAUCCUGGCCCUCAACCGGAUCCUGACAGACGCCAGGAGGCACAACGCUCCUCACAGGCAGUGGCUGGACCUGCAGUUUGACUGUGUGCAGCCGGAGAGCUACCCCUGCCUCAUGAGGUACGACUCCCCGACGGAACAGGAGUACCUCCAGUCAUCCUUCUCGUACCAGUUUGACGGACAUCAGAUCCAAGCAUAA